UUCGCUGCCUGCGGCUAUCCGUGCCCUCAGUUGCCCGCGGCGGCGAUGGGAUAGAGCUGCAGUAUCGAAAAGUUUCCCGGAGUUUUUGCGAUGUCGCGGACAGCCGCAUUUGGAGUGUGCGUCGGUACAGUAGUUCGCCUUUUCCUCGUAUACAGUUCUAGCUCAUGCAAAUUACCCGCUGGUGUUUCGGCUAGUAGCAAAACUAGUUUUCCUACUGUCGCUUAGUACGCCGGGUGUUUCCGACUCACGUUAGUUUGUCGGCCUGGUGCUAAUUCCGAAACUUGGACACGAGUGAUGGAGUGUCAGCUGCAUCCCCUGGGAUCAGCCGAGGAGCGCUAAGUACGUGUCGCCGAAGCCGCGUUGUUGGUUGCUGAACUCUCCUGCUUGGUGGAUAACAAGGACUCGCUCGUCGGAUUUUUUUUCUCUGUGUCCAGCCAUGUUGCGUCGGUUCUUUCAAGUGGGUGCCCUGGCUGGCACCGCUGGUGCCACCUAUCUGGCACUGCGCAACAACCAGUGGGAUGUCUCCAACAUUGGCAUCGUGCGCUUUGGACGCGCUGCAGUCACGGUGUCCAGGAUAGCGUACGACUACAAGAUGGCCACCCUGGGAAUGGAUCAGGGCUCUGAGGAAUACGCCAAGGCACGCUCUGAGGUGCACCAGCGGUCGGCAGAGCGGCUUCUGCAGCUUUGCUGCAUCAAUGGCGGUGCCUUUGUCAAGGUAGGCCAGCACGUGGGUGCCCUGGACUACCUACUGCCGGAGGAGUAUGUACGCACCCUGAGGGUGCUGCACAGCAAGGCACCAGCCUCUCCACUCCACAGCAUCCUCCAAGUGCUCCGCGAGGACCUCGGGCAAGACCCGGAGGAAGUGUUCUCCACUUUCUCGGAGCAGCCUAUUGGGGCUGCAUCCCUGGCUCAGGUCCACCAUGCCACCUUGCGUUCCUCUGGUGAGACAGUGGCUGUCAAAGUGCAACACCCUGCUGUGCUGGGAAACUCCCUCAUCGAUAUGGCCACCAUGGAGCUGCUGGUGAACAUUGUGGCUAAGAUCUUCCCAGAGUUCUCGCUCAUGUGGCUGGCAGAGGAGACCAAGCGUAACCUUCCACUGGAGCUGGACUUUGUCAACGAGGCACACAACACAGAGCGAGUUCAUCGCAUGUUCUCCCACUUCCCCUGGCUCGAGGUGCCCAAAAUCCACUGGGACCUGACUACAAGGCGUGUUAUGACCAUGCAGUUCUGCGAGGGUGGCCAGGUCAACGACAAGGCCUACAUGGAGAAAAACGGCAUAUCGCCUAUGGAGGUGUCCAACCGUCUGGGUCAGCUGUACAGUGAAAUGAUCUUUGUGCAAGGCUACGUGCACUGUGACCCCCACCCGGGAAACUUGCUGGUGCGGCAGGGUGACACGGGACCAACACUGGUGCUGCUGGAUCACGGGCUGUACACGGAGUUGACGGACCAGUUUCGGCUGCAGUAUGCCAACCUGUGGCUAUCCCUGAUCCGGCGGGACCUUGAGUCACUGAAGCACUGGGGCAACCAGCUGGGCGUCUCUGGCGAGCUUUACAAGAUCUUGUCGUGCAUUGUGUCAGGCCGCUCGUGGAAGUCCAUUACUCAGGGCAUCGACCGCCAGAAACAGACCCAGGCAGAGGGUUCUGAAAUCAAGGAGUUUGCGAGCCAGUACUUCCCACUCAUCUCCCAGAUCCUGGGAAUGGUCCCUCGGCAGAUGCUGCUCAUCUUCAAGACCAACGACCUGCUGAGAGGCAUCGAGACCAGCCUUGGGACACGAGGAGCAGCACGGUCAUUCAUCACCAUGUCUCGGUGCUGUGUGCGUGCUGUCUACGAGGACCAGCUCAAGCACUGUAACAACUGGUGGAGCAAAAUGGUGGUGGUAGUACGCGCCUGCUUCGCACAGUCGGCCAUCACCAUGUACCAGACAUACCUUUGGCUCAGGACUAGACCGCUCAUUGGGAGGCUGCUCAGGUCGAGGGACUUGGAGUGAGGCUCGAGUGGAGCACGUGCGAGUUCUGCGACUGCCAGCCUGACCAGUUUGCUCUGGAUUUUCCAGGGUCAGCAUGAGAAACUGGGAACGAGGAAGAAUGUGUGUCCCCUGGGAAAACAUCAAGAACGUGGGUACGGGACCCGGAGGCCUGUGCACUUAUCAUAGGACACCUAGAAACGUGAUAUAUUUUCUGUUCAAGAAUCUCGUCACAUCUGUUGUUACUGUAGUUGGUGCUGGUAUGAAGCAGAGACUUGCUUUGAAAUGCAAGAGGUGUGGACGUGCUUAAGACUGUUAGUGCAAUCACACGUCCGACUCCAAAGCGCUGCACUGGAAUGGGAAAGCUCAAAACAGGGAACACCAUUGUGCUUUGUAUCAAAAUGUCAGGAGGUUCAUUCACCUCUUUUUGUAUAUUUAGUGUACUGAACUCUUGUCACAGUUUGCGCAGGGUCGCAACAAUAUGUGAAACACAUUAACUUUAGUGCCUUGGUUGCAUGGCUCUAAAGCACCAGGUUUGAACUUUCUGGAGUGGCUUUGCAAAUACAUUGCAAAGCCUGCAUGCUUAUGUUGCAGAGGGCUGUUGUUCUCAGGCAAGAAGUGUUCGUCACACGAAGGAAAAUGUGCACUUGUCAUCUUCUUGUCUGAUACCAUUGUCCUGUUGUCUCCAGCUGUUGCUUUUUUUUUUACAUUUUCUUGAACUAGCUUUCAAUUUAUUUCAGGCAGUGUUGCAUCACACUGCAGGAAAAAAAGCAUAUACAAAAUAUGUGUGUUUUCCUGGUUUCGUUCAGGGUUAGUUGACUGAGACGUAAGGCUCAAAGAAGUAACCCUGUGACUUGAUAUUUUUUUUUUUGCUGUUUACAAGUAUCUCCAUGCCAACAUAGAUUUAAGUGCCUUCACCCUUUCUUUUGGUGCUAGAAGCUCUAGACUACUUAAAUGCUAUGAAAAUACAGUCCUCAAACCACCUUUA